AUGAAGCCAGUGGUGGUAUCGCCAAGCGACACUGCCCCCGCUCUGGACAGUAGGGCCUGGCGCCCGGCCUACGCCCUCCCGGCCCCUCAACACGGCACCCCGCCCGCACCGGCAGGGGGAUGCCCGGAGCUGAGCGCGGGGCCACACCGGCCCCGGCGUUGCCCCAACCCCGCGGCCCGGCAGGUGGCGCCCAAGAAGCUCCCUGGCCGCGGCGCCCGCCGAAGGACAGACCCUGCGCUGCCCAGGCCGCCUACGCCUGAGCUCGGAGCAGCCCCUGGAGCGAGGGGUUCAUGGGGAGCGAGGGCCUAGGGGGGCGACGCCGAGUGGUGGUGGCAGGCUUCCAGCUGCGAGUUCUCGCACCCAAAGCCUGGGCUCCCAGGAUCUUCAGCAUUGCAACAUCAAAGGCGUGUGUCAGAGCACUGCCAGCCUUCUCAGUGUCCCUGCUGCUCUGUCCUCCCAGACCUGCGGGGCCAGUCAUUGAACUUCCAGAAUAGUCUUAAGAAGAUUUUGCUCCAUCAGAUGCCUGCCCUGGGGCCCCUGAGGAGAGAUCACUCACAAUUUACCACGGUCAAGAAGGCCAACCACAGGCCCCAAGGAACACAGGCUCCCAAGCUCAAGGCUGUGCUCACCCACAACCCCUCAGCGGACAGCUCAGGGCACUGCAGGCGAUGUUGCCCCUUCUGAGCGUGAUUCGCUGAUGAGACCCUCCGGGACACAGCCCUCUGCUACUGGGAGCACAGCUAUGCUGGCCUCCCUGUCCAGCAGUCUGGGCUCACCCAGGAGUCACAGGGCCACAUCACUGACAACACUGCCAUGAAUAGCGGCCUGCCCUUUAUCCCCAGGGCCACCACCCAGAGGCAGCAGGGGGACCUCAGAACCUUCCUGGACACCCACAGCAUCCUAGAGCAGCUCAGCAGAUCACUGUGCUCCUCGAGCCAGAAGCUGGCCACCCCUCAGUUUCCCCCAGGAUCGCGGCGGGCCCCUGCCCCGCCGCCGGCUGCCGCCCCGCGCCGCGCCCACGAGGGGGCAGUGUUGGCCUGGCUUUGGCGCCGCCCGGCGCGGCCGAAACUUCCCAGCCGCUCGCUCCGGGGUCGAAACUUUUCCCCUCGCGCCGCGCUCGCCCUGCGGCCCUCCUCUCCGCGCCCCGCUGUGCGGCCGGACCCCGCGCCCAGCCCCCGGCUAACCCUCUAG